GCCGCGCAGGCGUAGCUAAAAACAGCCAUAUUAGCUCGAACACUGGCUGUAUUUACCGAUGUGAAAAAUCUUCAUUUUUACUGUUAGUUAACAUUUUUAAAUCGCUUGUUGAAUCAGAUUCGUAUUUGAUAAUAAGUCUUCACAGAAAUCGCAUAAACAUUCGGUUAUUACUGUUGAAAUGACCGGAGCUCUAUCAACGCACUUCUGGUUUGUUUAUAAUGAUCAUCAGAUUUGCAGCGCAUUUUGAUCACGCUAAUUAGAAUAGUUCGCUAUGGUCGAUUUUAUUAAUUUUAUCAAGAACUUAAUCCUUCCUUUUGAUAGCCCGCGAAAACGAAAGGUUUCUAACGACGAUAUCUACAGCCCCAUUAAUGCCAAACUGCGAAGGAUUAAUUCGUCAACUAUGGCUGCUCGAUCAGAUGGUGACGGUUGGCAUACCCCUUGUAAUGUGAGCCAUAGAAGCAGUUUUCGUAACUCUUUGCAUAAUCGAUCCUCAUCGAACAACUCUAAGGAGAAUGUAACUGUCAUAAUCGACGAUGAUGAUGACGAUGUUAUACAAAUCUCGAAACUUAAACCUGCUAACAAAUUUACUUCUACACCAAAUCUAUCGGUUUCAUCAAGAUCUAACUUACACAUGAAUGGUAAUGGCGACGACGUGACAAUUUUGAAAUAUACCAAACCGGUAGAUGACAAAAUAUUGAAAGCGAGAAAAUCUGGUUUCGAAUACAUUAAACCGUACUCAUAUCUCAACGAUAAUUCCAUCAAAAGCCACACUAAAGCGAACUCGAGGAGCAGCUUUACAUCCCCAAUUUUGAGUAGUAUUCGUGGUAUAAAAUCUAAAAUAAAAAUGUCCAGGCCCGCCAUACGAAGCUCAGUAUUAAACCAAUCUUUUCGCUUGGACGAAAAAAUGAAAUACAAGCAACUGCUGGCGGAGAACGCGCCGAACUACACGUCCGAUUUGCGCGAAUCGUUUUCGAAGUACAGCACUCCCGUCGGUAAAAUAUUUAUGCACAAUCAGACAAAAAGAAAUCGGCAGUUAGUUGACCUAGCUUUAAAUAAGAACGAGCCUAGUAAGAUUAUCGAUUUAACUGCAAUUGGCACAAAUGGAACGGUUCGUAGAUCGUUGUCCACAAAGGACACAAUAAAGAAAGUACUGGACGAUUUCUCCACAAACGAGCCAAUAACUAUUAAGGAUUCGGAUUCAGAUAUAGAAAUUUUACCGAGACCGCCAUCACCAAAACCUGAUAUUAAAGUUGAACCGGUUAAUAGCAUUCAGAAAAUUAUAGAUACUUCUGAGGAGACGCAUACUGACUGGCUACAGAGGUUGGUUCAAAGACACAAGGCCGACGUGGCCAGAUUGCAGCAAAGGGUCCAAAACCAAAUCACUCAGACAAACAAAAUUGCCGAAGUGACAUCGGAAAUAAAUCAACAACGACUCGAGGACCAAAUGCUAAGAUGCCUUAAGAUUAAGGAGAUCGUCUUGCCGGAGCGGUUCGUCGAGGAGGCGUUCCCGGAACUGUCGGAAGAGGACGAAUGCCGAAUAGAUCACGCUCUCAAGACCAAACGCACAAGUCCGACCGAAGUACUUGUCCAAAAAUUCAAUUUGAACAUUACGCGCGCCGACAUUCAAACCUUGGACGGAUUGAAUUGGUUAAACGAUGAGGUGAUAAACUUUUACAUGAAUUUACUGAUAGAACGCGGAAAGAUCGAUAAAUGGCCGAAAGUGUACGCUAUGAAUACAUUUUUUUACCCAAAAUUAUUAAAGGACGGGCACGCUUCGCUGAAACGUUGGACUCGACGUGUUGAUAUCUUUUCCUAUGAUAUUAUUGCAGUUCCGAUUCACUUAGGUAUGCAUUGGUGUAUGAGUAUAAUCAAUUUUGAAAAUCGCACCAUACAAUAUUAUGAUAGUAUGGGAAAUCCCAAUAAUCGAUGCCUUCACGCUUUGCGCAAGUAUCUCAAAGCCGAGCAUUUAGAUAAGAAAGGUGAGGAAUAUGACGUUAACGACUGGGUCUUGGAAAAUGUGAGCGAUAUUCCGCAACAAAUGAACGGCAGUGAUUGUGGUGUGUUUUCCUGCACAUAUGCAGAAUUUCUCACACGAAAAGCCGGACUUAACUUUAGUCAAGAGAAUAUGCCGUAUUUACGCCGAAAAAUGAUACUUGAAAUUUUAAAUGGUGAAUUGAUUAUUCAAUAAUUCAAUGUCCUUUUAUUGUAAAUGAAUUAAUCUAGUGUAAUAAAUUCAUUCAUCCAA